AUGGAGAGCGUCAGGGUUGGCCGUGGCACCAUGGCCAUUUCUAUGUCUUGUUUGACGUGGUCGUCACAAGGUCAUGUAAUUUGUGACAAGACACCCACAGUGUUAUUGCUGGAAAAAUCUGAAUAUGGGAUUCAAGGAAUUACACUGAAGCGAUCAUCCUGUGACUCCAAUGUCUCAUUUCACUCCCAAACCAAAGAAGUUGAUACAGAUUCGGAUGGUUCAUCAACUACAUCCUCCUCUUCGUCUUCCCCUUCAACAUUAUCUGAUGAAGAUGAUCAUCCAAAUGAGAAGGAUAAUCGAUCUUACUGUAUUAAAACAAAAGAUGAGUUGCCUAUUGAUGAACUGCCUCCUGUUGAAGAUUUAACAGUAAAUCUGCCUGAUGAUGUCGAGCUGAAGCUCUUUGGGACAGUUUCCAGCAUCAUUGAGCAGCUAGUAAUAGUUGAAUCACUGAGAGGCCUACCUCCAGUAAAUGAGGAAAGCAUAAUUUUUAAAGAAGAUCGGCAAGCAGCAGGAAAGAUAUUUGAAAUAUUUGGUCCUGUUUUACAUCCCUUUUAUGUGUUAAGAUUUAACAGCUCUGAGCAUAUCAAGGCAAAAGGUAUUAAUGUGCAGGAUAGCAUGUAUUUUGCUCCGUCGGUGGAGGACUUCACACAGUAUAUAUUUGCAGAGAAGCUGAAACAGGAAAAAGGCUCAGAUGCAUCUUGGAAGAAUGACCAAGAACCACCACCUGAAGCCUUGGAUUUCAGUGAUGAUGAAAAAGAAAGAGAGGCAAAACAAAAGAAAAAGAAGCCUCAAAAUCAAGGAAAGAAGAAACUCAGAUCAGAAACAAAUGCAUCAAGUGAGAACAAAGGAUUUAAUCAGUCAAUGCAACAACCUGCUUCAAGUUAUUCAAGGGGAUACCGUGGCAGAGGGUUCUCCAGGGCUCCAUUUCCUCCUUCAUCAGGCCCUCUGGGUUUUUUGAAACCACAAGUAAAACCUCCACAUCUCUACUCUUCAGACAGAGUACAUCAGGAAACUCCAGUAUUUCCACAAGCUCACAGAAAAGAAAAUGCAGUGAUGCAACAGUAUCCCUUUCCUUCUCCAGUUUUUGGUUCUGUUAAUGACGUGCAUCAAUUCCACCUUCCGCCUUCAAAUAUGAAUAUGAUGUGGACAGGCCCAAACAUGUACAACUCAUACCCAUUUUUACCACCUCCACCACCUCCUCCUCCACCUCCUCCAGAUAGCCAUCCUUCACAGUUCAGGCCUUAUUAA